CAUCACAUCAUCUACGCAAAUAAAAACUGCGGUGAAUGAAUACACUUGCGGACUGACAGCAGAUUCAGCUGUGCAUGAGGAAUCAGAGCAAAGGAUGAGUCGUUUUCAUUAAAAUGUAUUUCUUCGAGUUCUCUCAUUUCGAGGAACUGCCUGAGCUAAGACGCGUAUGUGGGAAACGAGGAGGCGUUUUAAGGUAGUGGGAAACACCCAGAGACGGUCUGACCUUCGAGGGAACCUCGGAAUCAGGAAAAUGAAAUACACCGAGCGUGCUCGAGAUUGACAACUUCGCCACACAUCGUUCAGUCACCGUGGUUGUUUGUAGUCAGCCAGGACAGUUUAUUUGAAUGCUAAUAAUGAACAAGACAUUCGAAAACUUUAAUAUCGCUGAAAAACAAGCAUAACCCUGUUAAAUGAUUCACAAGAUGCCUGGUCAACUCAACAACUUAAAGUCCAGGAAGAGGAAAAGCAGCUCUGAGGUGAAAAGCUCCCGAAAGGCUUCUACUACAAGGAGGAGAUGUAUGAAAAACCUAAAGACACACUCAGCAGCAGAGAGCAGUUCAGUAGUCAGUGUUCACAGUAAGAGAGCCAGUUCAAUGGAAAGACACUCUGUCAUCAGCUGUGAAUGCCACCAGUCUGCAGGCAGGAGGAAAUGCUCAGCAUCACCAGAGCUUGAAGAACAGGAUGGCAAAGAGAACGAGCUGACGUCGGGGUUUGAUUUGUACAGCUGCAGAGUGAACGACAUCCAGGACAAACAGGAGUCUGAGGAGAUGGAUUAUGAAGAAACUGGCAGAAACGUGUUCCCAGAUGAUGACAGCAAUCAGAUUCUUCCUGUGGAGCAGUUCUUUGGAAACUUGGACACUCUACAGGACUUUCCCCAAAGCUCAUCAUCAACUUCUGCCAGUGCUCAAAGGGAGAACAGGAGACGUCAUUACUAUGCACGAGAGGACAGCGAUGAAGAGGAGGUGGGCCUCAGCAGUGUGCACCGAGAGGACAGAGGAGGCACUUACUGUAGUGAUGGGUAACAGUACUGGUGAGUGGUGGGCUCAAAACAGUUGUCUCUGGAAGGACAUAAAGCCUCUUGGCACUUGUAUAAAAUCAGUCCUCGUCAGCUGUCAAGAAAAUAACUGUUAAAAAUACCAUUGUCAGAUGAGUUGCUGACAUAAGACUAUGUAUGACAUGCUUUUUCCUCCAAGUAACUCAGAUCUGAUUCAUGAUUUCAUGGAUAUGUGAAAAAGUCAAAUCGGAUCUGGGCCAGUUGCAUUGGUGGACCUAAAUUGAUCUCUGACUCUGCAACUGCUGUCAGAAUGGUCAGAUGGAAAGUUUUUUUUUUUUAAAACAUCUCACUCAUCUGUGCAUGUGCAUAUGUAUACUGACUGUUGUCAACAUUCAGUGUCUGACUAACCAAUCAGAACUGAGCUUUAAUGUGAAUGUAACCAGAUUUGCCCACUGGUAUUUAAUACAUUUUAAAGCAACUUCUCAGUGAUUAAACUUCAAGAUUCAUAACGAGGACCGUCCAAAAAGGCACAAAAUGCAAACUUGUUUACAUUUGGCCUUGAACAUAGUUACAGUAAUGGAUUAACAUGGGCACUUUUUAACAUCAAGUACAGCUUGUUUAUGUUUUAUUGCUGAAUCUAUGCUCCUGGUUCAUUUGUAACUGGUUUUAGUGGAAGGUAUGUUGGCACAGCACUUUAAAUACAGAUCAUAACACAUUGGUUCAUCAUUUUAGGGCAGGUUUUUAGCAGUGCUGAAUUAAAUUGACAAAUGUCAAAAAGUCACAUUUUCACAAAAGCAGCAUUGUGAUAUAUUUGCAUUUUCAGAUUGUAUAAAUGUGAUACAGAAGGAGAAAACCAAAGUGUAGUUAAAAAAAAGUAUUUAAUAUCACAGGUUAUUUCAGAUGAAUGUCAAGUCAGCAUUUUUGUGCCUAAUAGUCAUUGUUCACCGAGUGUCUAAUAAUCCGCUUCAACACAUCUUUUGUGUAGCUUUUGGCAGCUUCUUAAUAUAUAACACAUAUGUCUGUGUACAUAUCAAUGCAAAUUAAUUUCCCUGAUAUGAUUCCUGUUCAUAUUUGCAAACAAGACAAAUUAAUACACAGAAAUACAUUAUGACUAAAAGCAGUUUCUGGUGAGUCUCCAGUGUUUACGUAAACUGAGGUAAUAUGGGGCGGCUGUGGCUCAGGAGGUAGAGCGGGUCGUUUCCUAACCGGAGGAUUAGCGGUUCAAUUCCCGGCUUG